AUGCUUGCGCAUCUACCUGAUCCUCGGCGCUACUUUUAUUUUGAUCUGAUAUUACCAAUCAAUCAACUAUUUGGCUUUAUUUUUAUGAUACUCAGUGGUUAUAUGCUCAACACAAUGGGUCACGGGAUAAGAUGGCCUUUGGACAGGAACGAUGAAGAAAGAAACUCCACGAAGGAAUAUUAUGGCGGUGUGAAUUUUCAUGGAAUGUUUAUGUCGACAUCGCUAAUAUUUUUCCAGGGUGAAGCUUUGCUCUCAUAUCGGUUAUAUCGAUACGAGGUGAAGUCCAUCUCUAGAUACUUUCAUGUGUUAUUCCACUUUCUGGUAGUCGUUUUAUUUUCUGUGGCUCUAGCUGUUAUUAUAGUUCACAAAGGUAUAUCGAACGAGAGCCACUUCAAAUCUGUGCACAGCUGGAUUGGGAUAGCUCUGAUGUUCAUGUACUUCAUACACUUCGGCUUCGGAUUUAUCAGUCGCGCCUUCAGACCUCUGCAUCGAACAGUUGGAUUCAUGCUCUUCUCAAUUAGCUAUAUACAAGCUACGAUUGGUUUUUUCCGAUAUGUAGAUUCUCAUGGAGAGUGCCCUAAUGACCGCGAUGCACCUCUGGUGUGUGGUAAUUACAACUUCGUUUUCAACUUCAUUGUAAUUUUUUGUACUCUGUACGCAGUCACUGUCGCCGUUUUGGUGUUUCCUGAUAUAUGGCAUAGGGAGAAAACUAUAGAAGAAGUUGAUUGA